AUGCAGCGUGCUUCCGAGUUGUCGCCGCUUGUUGCGGAGAGCUUUCGUUCUUCUCCCUCUUCAAUUUUGGCGAGUAGAUUUCGCUGGUCUGUACUGCUCUCACCGCUUCUCGUGGUCUCUGGCGCGGCACUUCUUUUCACACUCGCAUAUGUGAUGCAGCAUGAUUCACUUAGAUCGAGUGUAAAGAAUCUCAAGGGGACCGCAAGUACUAAUUCUGAGAGACCUGAAGAUGAAUUUUUCUGUGGUAUUACGAACCAUGAGACGGGUUAUAUCAAGUUGCCGAACAAGGAUGACCAUCAUUAUUUUUACUGGUUUGUAGAGUCGCGCAGUGAUCCGCAGUCUGACCCAUUGGUCCUGUGGUUGACUGGGGGUCCCGGCUGCUCCAGUAUGACGGCUAUCUUGGCAGAAAAUGGCCCCUGCCUCGUACUUCCGGAUCUAUCCACGAAAAUAAACGAGUACUCAUGGAAUCAACAAGCCAAUGUCAUCUGGCUAGACCAACCCACCGGGGUCGGGUUUUCAUAUGGUCAAUACGAUUCAGAAGAUAUUAAUGUAGCGGACAACAUCUAUUGGUUUUUGCAAGAAUUUUUCAGAAAACACCCGAACUUGAUCAACCGAGAAUUUUUCGUUACUGGAGAAAGCUAUGGGGGCCACUAUAUCCCUGCAGCUGCUAGUCAUAUUCUGAAAGCCAACAUGCUUCGGCACUUGCAUUCAAAUGCAAUUUACAUCAAUCUGGCUGGUAUUGCGGUUGGAAAUGGACUGACAGACCCGGAAGUGCAAUAUCAGCACAUUGUAGACAUGGCUUAUAACUCGUACAACGUGUCGCUGUUAGAUAAACAAACAAUUGAUGGUAUGCGCAAAGCAGAGUUAGUGUGUCGCGAACUUAUUGUGCAAUGUCAACAUGAAAAAUCGAAAUGCUUGGAUGCUUUAAGCUUCUGUUCCGAAACGCUGGAAGCACCGUUCUUUCAGUCUGGACGCAACCCAUACGAUAUCCGUGAGCCGUGUACUGAAGACAACGUCAUGAAGUGCUUUCACUUUGAACAUAUUGAAGACUAUUUGAAUACACCAAGUGUACUGGACAAAAUUGGCGUUAAUCUGAAUAAGUUAAUAUCAUGGCGAGAGUGUGAUGCGACAGUUGGAGCGCAAUUUGCUUUUGAUCAAAUGGUGUCUUCGACGAAUGAAGUUGAAUUCUUACUAGAUGCAGGCGUACGGGUGCUGAUUUACGCUGGUGACGCUGAUCUUAUGUGCAAUUGGGCUGGCAAUGAAGCUUGGGUCAUGGCAUUGGAUUGGAGCGGCAAAGCCGAAUAUAACAGCGUACCCAACCGUCCACUAGUCACAUCUGAAAUGAAGAAUGCUGGCCGUGUCCGUUCAUUUGAAAAUCUAGCGUUUGUUCGUGUAUUUAACUCCGGGCAUAUAGUGCCAAUGGAUCAGCCUGCAGUUUCGCUCGAGCUGAUUAAUAAGUUUCUACAAAACAAAAAUCUUUGA